UAUAAAUACAGACAAACGAAACGCAGCGGUUUAGUGGUGGCGGUCGUCUCGUCUUCACACUUGCUAAAGCUUAGUUUAAGCUUCAGCUAUGGCGUGUGUGAGCGACGAGAGCUGGGUCCCACUCCCACCCAAAAUGCUCUCACAACACUCUUCUUCUUCAUCUCUCCGACAAGACCAAGACCGAGACCGAGAAAACGAUGAUGUAAAGCGCCAAAUCCCCUCCUACCGGCUGGAGAAGGUUUUCCCCGUCUACGCUUUGGGGGUUCCCAACUCUUCCUCGGAACCGGUCCUUCCGGUUGCCCUCAACGACUCCGCCGCCGAAUCCGACUCCGACCCGAUCUGGGACGCCGUCAGACAUGAGGCCAAGUUGGAGGCAGAAAAUGAACCAAUUUUAAGCAGCUUCUUGUACGCAAGUAUACUUGCCCAUGAUUGUUUAGAGCAAGCCUUGGGUUUUGUUCUUGCAAACAGACUCCAAAAUCCUACUCUCUUAGCUACUCAAUUGAUGGACAUUUUUUAUGAUGUUAUGAUUCAUGAUUCCGAUAUUCAACGUUCCAUUCGCCUAGAUGUGCAGGCGCUUAAGGAUCGGGAUCCAGCUUGUUUGUCGUACUGCUCGGCCCUGUUGUACCUCAAGGGAUACCAUUCUCUGCAAGUAUACCGAGUAGCUCACACCUUGUGGAAUCAAGGUCGAAAAGUAUUGGCAUUGGCACUACAAAGCCGAAUGAGCGAGGUUUUUGGAGUUGACAUACACCCAGCUGCACGAAUUGGCGAGGGGAUACUAUUGGAUCACGGGACUGGGGUUGUUAUUGGAGAAACUGCGGUUGUGGGCAAUAGAGUUUCAUUGAUGCAUGCGGUGACUUUGGGGGGAACUGGGAAAGAAAUUGGGGAUCGCCAUCCAAAAGUUGGAGACGGUGUCCUUAUUGGAGCCAGCGUGACUGUGCUUGGAAACAUAAAGAUAGGUCAUGGAGCCAUGAUAGCCGCUGGUUCCCUAGUGUUGAAGGAUGUUCCUCCUCACAGCAUGGUAGCGGGAAUACCUGCAAAGAUGAUUGGAUUUGUAGACGAGCGAGACCCCUCUUUAACCAUGAAGCAUGAUGCUACCAAAGGGUUUUUCAAAAAUGCGGCAGAUAGCUAUAGAAAUGUUAGAUCUGCGGGAGCUCAAAACGGAGGCAGUUGAGAGAUGCUGGCAGACCUGGACAUCCUUCUUUUUUUCUUCCUUUUUUUUUUUUUUUUUUUUUUUUUU